UUAUAUAUUCUUAACCUCUUAAAAAGGGCGGCGUUGGCCUUUUGCAAUAACCGCAACGCAGCAAAAGUUUAGGUAUAAAAACACCUGUGUGCAUUACAUGUUAAUUUCUUAUUUCAGUGAAGAACAGCGAUAUGUUAUUAAUUAAACGGGAUGAGUUAUAUGUUCGUCUUCAAGUAGUCAAGAACCUGAAGUAGGUCUGGAGAAAUGAGCCGUAAGAGUAGCGAGUGUGAAGAUGAAUGGUCUGAGAUACAGCAGAGAUUUGAAAAGGAGGGAUUGGAUUUUGAAGGUCUUCGUGUUGAAGAACGUUUACUUCAUGUGUGGCGAUGGCUGGUGGAUGCAGAGAGCAAUUUGCGAAGUUCACGCAGGCAACUGGACAAACUGCGUGAUCUUAGGAGUGAAGAAAUGGAGGAGAUGGAGAGUUACAUUGGACAUAUUCGAGGUCUUGCAGAAAAGCGCGCUGAUCAUCUUGAGUCUGAGACUUUAUCAUUGCGGACAAAGCUCGAAUCUUCGCAGCAGCAGACUGCAACUCUUGCCACAUUAUUGGAGAAAAGUGGGCUGCAUUGUAUUGCAGAAGAGUCACUGGGGGAACAGGUUGCAUUCCUGAUUGCUGACAGAGCAAAACUAAUGGAGGAAAUAGAUAUUCUGAAGAAACUGAAAAUUUCCAAUGGUGUGAAUGGCUUGAGCAAAGAAGGAGAUCUCUUGUCAGAAAUAAUAAAGGUCUCAUCUGAGAAAGAAGUGCUGCGCAGAGAGGUUGCAGAGAUGUGUGACCGUGUGCAGCUAUUAGAAAAAGCUUCGAGACAGCUUGAGGUGGAUAAUGAAAGACUUGCCUUUAAGUUAUCAGAAGCAUUGGCUGAACUUGAAGAAAGGGAAUCACAGUUAAAACAUUUAGUGAAUGGAGGUGACCAUGUAAUGCACUCUGGUCUAAACUUCCUGUGGACAGGGUUCCGUCCUGGUGACUCUCCACGACCUGUCUGCAGGAGAAGCCUGUCUCUCCAGCAGAGAGGAGACUCUCCUAGGAACAGUUUAAAACGAAGCAGCUCACCUUGGUCCACGGCGAAGAAGCAUGUGAAUGAGCCAGUUAAGAUGUUCCCACAAGGCUCUUUGAAUAAUGGUAGCAUUGAACUGGAGUGUGUGACACAUGAGAAGACAGACAGUCAGGAGGAAACAGGUACUCAGACUGAGACUGAGCAGGAGGACAAGGAGACUGAGCUUCAGAAGUCGCUGUCAUUUGGGGACAAGGAUGUUGAUGCCAAGUCUCACAGUCUUGGCGCUGAUUCUACUCCACCCAGCCUGUUACUUAGCGGAUUUAGCUCACCGAAGAAACUGUCCAGUCUUCUAGAUUCACAGAUAGCUGCAUCAAGGAGUGAGCUUGUCAGACUGGAGGAAACCAAGAAAUUGCAGUCAGAGUGUGAGAACUUGAAAGGACAGUUAUCUGCAUUGAGUGAAAAGUACAAUGCUCUAGCACUGAGACACAUUCAGUAUAAAUCUAAACGCAAAGCUCAAGUGGAAGAUCUCAGGAAUAGGUUGGAUGUUGAAUUAAGUUCUUUGCAGUGUCAAGUGGAGAAUUUACAAUCACAGUUGACUGUGCAGAAAAAAAUGCUUAUUACGGAGGAGAAUUUCAGAGAAAGAGUGGAAGCUGACUACAGACAAGUACAGGAGGAGAAGAGAACUCUGUUGGUGAAUCUUAUGCGUUCAGAGGCUUCAAUGCGUGAGAAGAAUAGAGAGUUGUCUAUACUUGGGAAGAAGAUAACACUUUUGGAGAAUGCUAACUCAGACCUUCUUACCAAGGAUUUUGGGGUUGAAAGGCAAUGUGGGAACCUGGAUGCAUUGCGAGUGAUAUUCCCAGAUAAACGCAAGUGGCAGACAUCAAAAGGUAAAAGCAAUAAGAGCAGGCUAUAUAUUUCUUCAUACACGUAGGUUUUAGUAAUGAAAUACUGUCAUGAAUAUGAUGAAACUAGAAAAGUAUUUUUCUGGUCAAUAGUAUUGUUAUUUCUGAGCAUUUUGUCAUUUUAAAUGAUAAAUGAAUGUUCUCUUGUCAUAUCUUUUCUGCUAAUGUAGUGUUAGUUGCAUAAGGUUAAAAGUUCUGGUGAUGUUAACUUUGUAACAUCUAUUGAUCUCACUUCUCUGCUUGAAUCUUGGUCUCACUUCUAGUCAGCAUAAUCUUGUGUAUAAUGUGAUAUAUUGAGUAUAUUAAAAAAACACUUGAAAUCUGUGCUCAGAAAAGUUGUGGCUGCAGAUUUUGCAGACCUUAACCUUUGUCAUAUGAGAAUAGGGAAUUUAAACCCCUGUUGUAUUGGGCUGCUGGCAGGACUUCAACUUUGGGGUUAAUGCCUUUGUGGUAUGCACAGUAAGCUGGAUCAUGAAUAAGCUCUGAUGUCUGGAUGAUAAAGGUUAAAGUACAUGUUAAAAACACAUUCCAAUAUGGUAUAUUUGGGAAAAUGUAGUUAAAAGAUACUUAAAGUAAUAUAAAGGUACAUCUGUUUGUUCCAGUAGGAACACUCCUGCUUUCCCAGAGUGCAAUGUGUUUUUAACAGGUAUAUUAGCAGCAGUCAGCUUUUCAAAGUCUCCGUGAUGUUGUGCCAUCAUUUCGUGUAUAAAAAUACCAACCCUAUCAGGUAGGUGUGAUCUGUAUAUUCCUAUUGAGUGAAGAAAUUUAGUUUUGUAAGUGAAAGAGAAUUUCAUGUCUGUUUUAGUUUAAGGUUUUUCAUAAGUCCAAUAAUUGUGACUUCCAUCUGUAGUCCAUUGCAGAAUAUAUAAUUUUGUUGCGAGAAAUAUUAAUGUAGCUGGAAAUGGCCGGUAAGAUACUGUCAUCAAUUUAUUGGUCAUCUGCAUUCCAUUAUUGUUAUUGUUAUGAAACUGUCUCUGGAACUGCAGCUGAUAGCAAGACCAUAUCCACUCUAUAGUAGUGAUUUUGACUUAUGCUCAUUGUGGAUUGGUUUAUUUGACAGUAUAGCAAAGCAGGUAUUCACUGAUCAAGUAACAUUCUGCAUGGCAAUUUAAUUCUGCUGUUACAUGUGCACACUGCUCAUAUUGUGUAUGCAAGGGAUAAAUAUUAUUUUGGUGAGAUACAGAAUAGUUCAUACACAGCAUGUAUGAGGUAAAGGUAUUGAUAGCAUCAUUGAGCUAACAAGAAUAAAGUAAUAUCUACAGUGUUAAUUUGAAUGAUUCAAAUAGUACAUAUUGAAACCCUAUGUGACAGUGAUUUGAAUUGUCUUUUAAUCAUGCAACUCUGUUUUGUUGUGUGACAUUCUGAUAGUAUUGGUUUCCUAUGUUUAGUGCAUGUAUGAUAUUGAACUGACUAGAAAUUUAUCUGUUAAUCAUUCAGUCAUUGAAUGUGUGUGUGCAUGAUAGCUAUUGAUUUUGCUGUUACACAAUGAAACUAAUUGUUGUGAUGCAGUUCUGGGAGCUAAUUGGAAGCUAUUACUCUCUCUUAAUAUAACCUGCCACCAUGACUGAAAUAUGUAAAACAGUAGUAGCUUCUUUUGUCCCCUACAAUGUAUAUGCCAAAUGUGUUGACAGAUUUAUGUCAAUCCUGUUAUGAAUGUAAAAUUGUCUUAUCACAUUAUCUGAUAGUAGAUAUCAGAGGUGUAAAAGUAUGCAUCAGUCCUCAACACAAAUUAACUUGUCUGUUGGAUAAAUCAUUUGUAACUUAGUGAAAAACUCUUCUAUCUUUUCCCAUAGGAUAUCAGGCUGGUUAUAUUUUUAUUUGUGUGGAGCAUAACCUACUUUUUUAGUUAUGGUUUGAGCAGACUGCAGACCAUUUACAAUUUUUCACUGCCCCAAUUUUGAUAUAUUUAUUUUAUCUGUGUCAUUUGACUCCGUCCAGUGAUCAUGCUGUUCGGGCAGAUUAUUUGUGAAGUUGUGAAUGAGAAGACAAGUGUUGUCACUCUACUCUUUUUUCCCUAGACUUUUCACAGUACAUUGUGCAACAAGUGCUAUAAAUUAAAUGUGUUAAGGGUGGAAGUGAAAGAUUGAUGGGUUGUGCAGAAUGAUGUUUAUGCAUGUACAUGCUACUACAAAUGAAGUCUUCUUUCCCAUAGCUAUGACAUGUAAAUAAGUCUUUAAGUCACAUGUUUGGAUAGUUCAGUAAAACAAAUUGGCAUAAUUUCCAUUUCUGUCUUUUAUUAUGCUUAUAUGAACAGGUGUGUAAGUCAUGGCCAGAAUCAUAAAAUUAUACUUUAGUUCGGUAUUAUUUGAGUUAAACCACAUUACAGAUGUAGGAACAUUAUUUAAUUGUUUAAGAUAUUUUUAAACAUUGUAUGUCAUCAUGGUUGUGGUUUAAGGCACCAAAAAGUUUGACCAUUUACUUUUAUAAUGUGCCAAAGAAAUCUGAAACAUUGUUAAAGUCCACUUUUUAAAACUCAUAAAUAUUAUGGUCUGUAAAUAUUGUUAGAAAGUUCUCAUUGUCAGGGAUAAAGUAUAUUUGUGAAAAUAUUGAUAGCCAGAUAUAUACAUCAUAAUAAAAUAAACUCUUAUGGAAUA